CCUUCAUUUCUUUUUACAAAGCUGCCGUCUGCCCUCUUUUUUUGACGGCGCCAGUUUUAUCCAUUUCUUAUUAAUUAAUCAGUAAUCAUGCUAAUAAAACAGAUGUGUAAAAGACCCAAAUGCCCUUGAGGAUAUGUAUUGGCACUUGCAGACUCCAGGCUGGGCCGAUUCCCAUCUCUCCACCACUGUUCCCCAUCUCUCCACCGCUCGACGUGAGUGACAGGCCACGAACCCUAGUUUGUGGCGGCGUGUACUCCAUGGCCGGCGAUCCCUCCAUGGCUGGCGGUCCCUCCAAGGUCGGCGGCGAUCCCUCCAUGGCCGGCGGCAAGGAAUCCCUGGACAACGGCGAGGAAUCCAUGGACGGCAGCUCCUCCCUUCCUGGCGACGCGGCGAGGCCUCCACGCGCCGGCGGCGAGGAAUCCCUGGGCUGCGGCUCCGAGUGUAUCUUCUCCACAAGCGAUGCUCGAAGCCUGGGACCUAGCGGUGCGGCGAUACAUGGUGUAACAGGCCACGCUCAGUGCCCUCCCAAUGAUGACUCUCUGGUCCGUGGCGGCUCAAUGAGCAGCGAACACUCCAUGAUGGUUCUCAGUAAUGGAGGUGAGCAGAGGAACAAAGGGAUCCCUCGGACAUUUUGCAUUAAAUUGAAACUUGUUGUCACAAUUCGCUCAUAUUUUGCCACGCCGGAUGGGGAGCCAAAGAGAUAUUACCCACGUAGAACAUUAAGACCACUUGCUGUUGACACCAAAUUUAGUCUAUUACAAUUGGUAGACUUUAUAGGUGAGACAUUCAUAUGGGGUUCUAAGCAAUAUUUAAAGUUGUGGCGUUGUUUGGAUGAUGAUUUCGUAGAGAUAAAAACUGACGAGGACUUGUUACAAUGGUUUGAAGUCAAUAUGCAAAAGGGAGUAGUGCGUAUUGAAGGGGAGGUUCAUGAUUUUGAGGGACCUUUGUUGUUUUCACCUACAAAACGUAGGUUCCACCCAAAAGUGAGGAGUAGAGUGGUAAAUGGGGAGCCUACAUUAAACAUCAGUGACCCGUUAAGAUCAAAGAGGAGAGUUGCACAUGAUGACUCUGACACGGAAUCACUGAAGGCACUAAGUGAUAGCAGCUAUGAUAGUGAUUUAGCCGCAUCCUCCGACUCUGAUCUUGAUUUUUCUGACUCUGAAUAUGAUCCUGAUGCUGAAAUAUUGGAUGAAGAUGAAGAUGAUGAUAUCCCUACCUUUGCAUAUGAUGUGGAUAAUCCUUGUAUUGAUAAGGAUGUGAUGUUCCCAGAUGUGGAUGCAUGCAAGUCUGCAGUAACUCAUCAUGCUAUUUUACAUGAUUAUGCUUAUGAGACACCUACAUGGGUAGCCGAAAGAAUAGUUGAUUGGUUAAGGGAGACACCUACACUUGGGCCUAAAAUGUUGCAGUAGGAACUUCUAAAGAAGUACAAGAUGGAUAUCCCAUACGAUAGAGUUUUUAGAGGUAAAGAGAAGGCUCUUGACAUGAUAUAUGGAGCAUGGGAUGAUAGCUAUGACUUACUUCCUACAUAUAGAGAUGAGCUUUGUAGAGCAAUGCCUGGCAGUGUUGUUGAGUUAGAUACAGAAGAUCAUAAGGGAGACAUGUGUUUUAAAAGAUUCUUUGUUGCUUUGAAACCAUGUAUUGAUGGAUUUUUACAAGGAUGUAGACCGUACAUUGCUAUGGAUUCCACUCACUUGACAGGAAGAUCAAGAGGGCAACUAGCAGCUGCUGUUGCAGUGGACGGCCAUAACUGGCUUUUUCCAGUGGCUUUUGGAGUGAUUGAGACAGAAUCGAUUGAAAGUUGGACAUGGUUUGUCCAAAACUUGAAGCAAUCAAUUGGUACUCCUAUGGGAUUGGUUAUUAGUACAGAUGCAGGCAAGGGGAUAGGGGCUGCUGUAGAUGUUGUGUACCCAGGAGUGGAACACAGAGAGUGUAUGAGACAUCUAUGGAAGAAUAUGAAGAAGAAGUAUUUUGGCCCUUUGUUUUCUCAGAAUAUGUGGGCAGCUGCUAAGGCUUGUACAAGUGACAAGUUCGACUACCACAUGAGAAAGAUAGAGGAGAAGAGUCCUAAUGCGAUAGCCUGGCUAGAUGAAAAUCAUCCAUAUGUGUGGUCCAGAAGCAAAUUUGGAGAUGGUUGCAAGGUAGAUUACAUCAAUAACAACCUUUCUGAAUCUUUCAAUAGUUGGGUAUCCAAAACCAAAUCAUUUCAUAUUGUUGACAUGCUUGAUAAAAUAAGACAGAUGAUUAUUAGCAAAUUUGAUUUGAGACGCAAAAUUGGUAGGGAAAUGAAGGGUAGGAUAAUCCCAUCUAUUAUUAGUACUCUCAAUGAUCAUAGCAAGGCAAUCAAGGAUCAUGAGGUGUUAAGAUGUGGAGAUGGCACAGCUGAAGUGACUUUUUCCACCAUUAGACACUCAGUUAGUUUAGAACAAAUGGCAUGUAGUUGUAGAUCUUGGCAAGUGACUGGAAAACCAUGCAGUCAUGCUCUAGCUUUCAUUGCAACACACAGUAGGGAUUUGGAGAUGGAUGAUUAUGUCCAUGAGUUUUACUCAGUGGAGAUGUUUAGAAAAGCAUAUGAAGGUGUUUUCCCUCCGAUGACAUCGAAGCAUCUUUGGUCACGGGUGGAUUUAGGCUAUAAAAUUAAGAAGCCUAAGUUAAGAAGAAAACCAGGAAGGCCAAGAGUAGCCAGGAUAAAGGCAUCCGGGGAGCCAGGCAAGAAGAAGAAAAGAGAGUGUCCUGAAUGUCAUGAAUUAGGCCAUACUGCUAAGUAUUGUCAAGGUGGUCCUACGGCUAGUCAAAAGAAGAUGAGGCUGUCAUCAAAUGAUCCCAAUGCUUUUGCAUCUACAUCCAAUGCAACUGCUGCUGUAGCUGAUACUGCUAAUGGUGGAGGAGAACCAACUACUACAAGAGGUAGAGGUAGGGGAAGAGGACGAGGAAGAGGAGGGGGAGGAAGAAGAGGAAGAGGGAGGAUUGCUGAAUGGUUUGGUCUUUGAAAGUGAUCUAUUUGCUAUGUAAAAACGCCAUGAAAACUUGUGAAGUGUUGUGUUUUGCCAUGUAAACAUUAGUGUUGCUGACAUUAGUGCUGAAUUUUGGUAUGACAUUAGUGCUGCUGAAAUCGUGUUUUGGAAUGACAUUAAUGCUACUGAAAUCAUGUGCUGCUGAAUUUUUUUGUGCUGCUGGAA